AUGAUCAAAAGUUUUCAACCAGGACACCUUGACAUUUUCUCAAUUAAAUAUAAUCCUUCGCAAAACUUAUCGUUUAAUAGGAUUCGCACUCAUAUUUUUAUGAUUUCGCGGGAAUUGAGGGCCAAGGUUUUUUCUCAAUUUUUGACGGUCACGCCGGAAAACAAGCCGCCGAAUGGUGUGGAAAUCAUUUUCAUGAGGAUAGCGUUAAUGAUAUUCCAAGAUGAACUUCAAAAAAACCUUCAAAAAAAUUCUGAUAUACAGGAAAUUUUUCAAGAUGCUUUUCUGCGGGCAGAUAAGCAACUUAACGAAAAUGCUGGAAAACAUUCUGGAUGCACAGCCGUUACCGCUUUUUUGAGGUCUGAACCUGAAACAAUAAAAUUUGAAAAUGAAAAUGAAGUUAAUGGUAAGGAUCCUUCGGCUUGUAAUGCAAAUGUUGGAGAUGCUCGUGCUGUUUUAAAUCGAGAUGGGAGAGCUGUUAGAUUAUCCUAUGAUCAUAAGGGAAGUGAUGCUCAAGAAGCUAAAAGAAUUGUUGAGGCUGGUGGUUUUGUCAUGAAUAAUCGUGUUAAUGGUGUAUUGGCUGUGACACGCUCACUGGGUGAUUGUUCAAUGAAAGAAUUUGUUAUAGGUAAACCUUAUACCACAAAAAUAACUCUGACAGAAAAGGAUUCUUUUUUGAUACUUGCAUGUGAUGGUUUAUGGGAUGUUUGUAAUGAUCAAGAAGCUGUUGAUCUCAUUAAAGAUAUUAUGGAUCCUCAGGAAGCGAGCACAAAAUUGAUUAGACAUGCUCUACAGAAUUUCAGCACCGAUAAUUUAAGUGUGAUG